UUGACAAAUGGUCCAGUGGGACCUAAGGCUCCUUUUAUAGCGCGCCUUCGUAUUUAAAGGAAGAUGAGCCACGGUUGAUCUCAAUGUACACGCACUUCAACAGUGCUACUAUUGAAACAGAAUAAGGGCGCUUAUUAGAAUAAGAGUGUAUACUCAAUAGUGGCGCUUUUUAACAAAAACAGAUCUCAGGAGGCGCUCAUAAGGAUGGGGGCGCAUAUUGGAACUAGGCAGAAUCAUUACCGUAACUGUAAAUACAUUUUUGAACUAUUUGGGACUUGCCAUCGUCGCGAAUUUGAUUGUUUGACUCAAAUCGCUAAAUAAAUAACCAUUUGACUAUACAAGACAGAUCGCUAUUGAAUGAAUAUGUUGAUUUCAUUUGUGUGAAAUUUGAGAGAAGGAUUUCUACUAUUAACUUGAAAGGUUGUUUGUUAUUAAACCGUUUUGUCGAAGAAUUUGAUUGCCAGGUUUAAUUCCUGAUGAACUUCUUUUUGCACAUUUUGUCAAAGAGAACAACGAACUUCAGUCGUCAAAAGAAAGUAAAGUUGACGAACCUGAUAUGGACGAGGAGGUGCAGCCUUUUAUAAAACGAAAGUUAUUUUUACCCGAGGGACGAUGUUCUCACCAAAUUUUACAAGUAAAUGGAAAUGCCAUCACUGCUAUUUCUGUCCGUCAAAUGAAAGUUGAUACCACUAAGAUAAUAGACGAUCGUAAAAAGCGAAUGCUGCCAAGAUUUAGGAAUGACUUACCAGGAAAAACUACCAUUAGUGCAGAGCAAGAGCUGCUUAGAUUGUCCGAGGCCAAUCCUGAGGGACUCACCACCAUGGAUCCUUUUAAAGACUUUAACAUCCGGGACAUAGACAUGGUGAAGACAAUAGCGAGAAAACAAAGCCUUGAGGAACAAGUGGCAAACUACGCAUGCUUGAACUGCCCUAAGUUUACGGAGCAUUUUGAAACAGUCGCUAACCAGAUGAAAUUGAGUGAGCACGUGACCCUCCUAAGAUAUUUACUGUCAGACGAGAGUCUCCAACACAGAGAAGAACUUCAGCAAAGAGCAAAGGUUUUACUAAAAUUACGUUACGUGGACGCAACUAACGCUGUACAGUUGAAGGGAAGAGUGGCGUGCGAGAUAAGUAACCACGAGCUGAUGAUCACAGAGCUCGUGUUUGAAAAUACUUUCACAAAUCUUCAUCCCACGGAGAUUGUGGCUUUGCUGUCGUGCUUUGUGUUUCAGCAGCGCCGAUGCAGCGAACCAACAUUAACCAAGACGCUAGAAGAGGUAGAAAUCUACAAAUACUAUUUCU